UUCCUGCGGCCCCCGACGCAAGCAGAGAAGACCGGGCUUGAGCAUGAUUCACCGGUCCCCAAGGAGUCUCCCGUCUUCCAAGGGGGAGGAGGGAAGGUGAGCAACUCCGGCUUUCCUCCGGCGCAGCAUUGAAUUUUGCAGGCCCAAUGCAAAAGAUGGUUUCCAGGCCUGACACUGGGUUCCUUCUGAGCUGGGAAGCAAUCAAGAUGCGGAGGCUGGCUGCUUUUGGAAAAAAAAAAGAUUUAUUAUUCCAAAAACAAUACAAGCUGGCUGGAAGAAUCCUCUUUAACUCUUUUCUGGAGGAUGUCUGUUCAUGGGGUGAACAUAAACUAAGUUCCGAAAAAUCAGCAAGAGGUGACUACGACGGCUUCUCGAGGAAUCCGACUUCCUAUUAGAUUCUAAGCCGAUUGCUUCUUUUCUCCGCAUUUCCAAAGCCAGAAAUCUAAAUUAAAGUAGAAAUGGAGAAGAGUUCGCCUCCUGUUGGGACGAUUAAGGAAUUCCUAAGUUGCUCACCAUCCUGGAAAGACCGUGUGGAUCUAAAUGGAACGGUUGUGAAGCCCCAGUACUGGGAAGUCUGGCAGCAGGUCCUCCUUCCGAGUCCACAGCACAAAGAGACAGAUGCAAGCCCUCCUAAGAUAAUGCUGGAUGACAUUCAGGUUUGUGUGGUUUCCUCUGAAAAUUCUUCUGAUUCCUUUAAAGAGAAGGAGGCCAACACUGAAGGGAAGGUUGGAAUUGAUUGCGUGAUUACUAUUGAAGAAGAAAUUGAAGUCCAAGGGAAGUCCUCACCAGAAUCUAGGAUUGAGCUCAGAGAUGAUAUCAAGAUUUGCACCGUGCCAGAAUUACAAGAUGAGGCCCCAUUAAUGGCCACAGAUGGAGGGAAGACUAAGGACUUCACAAAACCUGUUAAAGGUAGAGGCCUCUCCAAAGUUGAAAAGGCCACUCAAACUGAAGUCACGCAGAUGGAGAUGGCUAAGAUCUGUGAGGACUAUAUUCAGAAGGCAGAAGGAUCCAAGGACACCUUACGGGGCAAUCACCAGGCCAAUGUGAUUUCCCAAAACAAACCAAGAGAUUCUGAAGAAGGGAUGAUCCAUUUAACAGAACCUGACAGAAUAGGAGAACUUGAAGAGGCAGCUUGUAAUAAUCUCACAGCUGGAGAAGAGGAAGAAGUGACAAGCAUCUUGAAAGAAGGAGGCAUUGCCAUGGAGAGUGCCCGCCAGAGUUUUCGCUGGUACUGUUACCCAGAAGGUGAGGGACCCCGAAAAGCUUACAGGCAACUAUUGGACCUUUGCCACCAUUGGUUGAAACCAGAGAGACGUAGUAAGGAACAGAUUCUAGAACUGCUGGUCCUGGAACAAUUUUUGGCUACCUUGCCCAAAGAAAUACAGAAUUGGGUAUGGCAGCAGCACCCGGAAAGUUGCGGUCAGGCUGUCGAGUUGGUGGAAAACUUUCUGACAGGACUUUCUUUGCUUGAGAGACAUGGGAAAAAGGCUCUGGUGACUUUUGAAGAGGUGUCCAUGUAUUUCUCAGAGGAAGAAUGGAGACUCCUAGAUGAAUCUCAGAGGAAGAUUUUCACAAAAGUGAUGAUGGAGAAUUAUGAGAAUGUCCGAGAAUUGGGAUUUCCCACCAACAAUCCAGAUCUCGUCUUCAAAAUGGGGAGAAACAAGAACAAUGAACUCUACAUGGAUAAAAUUCAGAACCUUGAAGAAGGUGCUUCUCCAGAAGUCACGGGAGAGCCGGAGUUUUCAAAUGAAAAGGAAAAGCUGGCAACCCGGACACAAAAGGAUAUGAAAGAUGUCUUGCCAUCCACGCCAACGUCUCCAAGACCUCUCAAGAGUUGUGAUGCCACUGUCAAGGGUCACUCUCCCAGAAGGCAGAGGGCACGGUCCCUUUUGCAGCAAACCAUGCCAGGCUUUGCAUGCCCAGACUGUGGCAAGAAGUUCUUUAGCAACUCGGACAUGGCUCGACACCAGUGGCACCAUGCCAGAAAGCAAUCCUACCAGCAUGGAAGUUGUCCCAAGAGCUUCGCCAAGCCCUCUCAGCUGGCCCAGCAGCAACAUCGCCAGCCCGGGGAGUGCCAGUGCUCCAAGUGCGGGAAGCGCUUCACGGAUGACUUUGGCCUGGCGCGCCACCAAGCGAUCCAUUCUGCCAAGCGGCCUUUCCACCGCCACCACAGGGGCUUCUAUUUUAACUACAACCUGCGCCAGAACCAGAACCAGCCAGCAACCACGGCGGAUUCCCUUUUUCACUGUCCUGACUGUGGUAGGCAAUUCACUCGCCGCUGUAACCUUAUCCAGCAUUCUCGGAUACAUCAGUGGCAGCCACAAGGGAAGCAGGAGGUGCUCCUUUACCCGGGAGGCCAAACCCAAUGAAGCGAUGGAGGGUUAGGUUGGGCAUUGCGCAUAGCAGCAGAAGCUGGGGUUCUCUGAAAUAAAGAGGUUGGUGAGCUUUGGGUAGGGGAUAGUGAUGAUGGCAGAAUUUAUUUUUCUUCCUUACAAUUUCCUGCAAGGGUAGAGUCUGCUCCCCCCCCCCCAAUAAACUGAGUGUUGAUCUGUGGGUCGCUGUAGGAACCUGACUAUGCCUGACAUCUUAAAGCCAUGAUUGCAGAUGGAGCGAGAGAUUUGAUGGUGGAGAUGAUGACUCUUGACUCAUCCAGGAUGGAGAGCUGUUGCACCAGAUCAAUUGGGUGAAUGUUCUAAUCUAAAUCUCCAACCCACUAAUGAGAAUCUUCUGAAUAAUCCUCUGCAGAUGCUCAGUAAGGAACUCCAGCUUUUCUCAAGGCCAGGCAACCCAUAAUGAGGAAACAUCCUGAAGCAUCUCGGGAAUGCUGACGCUCUUUUAGUUUGUCCAACUUAGCAACCCAGGAUCAGUUUGCUUGUGUUUUUGUCCAACUGUACUACGCAGGUCUGGAUUGUCUGCAAAGUUUUAGUCAGUAUUCAAAUAAUGACCAUUGAGAACCUAGAGGACCAUCAAGUGAUUUCUAUGGACAAAUAUCCGUUCCGGUGGUAACAAAUGUGAAUAAAGCUGCAGAGACUAUUCUAGCACUAGUAAGCCUAAGACUAGUUCCAUGUUUUGACAUUUGCUUCUGUACAGAAUACCUUUGUCCUCUCGCCUGAAUCUGUGCCAAUGAUCUUGUAGUUCAUUGUUUCUAAAUCUUGGUGGCUUUAAGAUGUGUGGACUUCAACUCCCAGAAAUCUCCAGCCAGCCUUUUAAAACCGACAAGGUUGAGAAACACUGUGGUAGCCUAUCUUGACUAGUGAAAAGAUUCUGGGCAAGUUAGACUUCAGGAAGUCUUGGUUAUAAUAGGCUUGAAAUACUUGACAUGGAUGAUCUAGUUCAGGGGUCUGCAACCUUAAGCACUCAAAGAGGCAUUUGGACUUGUUUUCCACAGAAAAGAAAAUGCCGAGAGGCAAUAAUUUAACAGCUGGUG